AUCUACACCGAUGGGAUGUUCCGUAGAAGAUUUAGGAUGACUAGGCCGUUGUUCCUACGCAUCGUGGACAAUCUUAGGGAGUGGUCUCCUUAUUUUACCCAAAGAGUUGAUGCAACUGGUAGGGAUUCUCUUUCACCCCUUCAAAAGUGUACCGCGGCUAUCAGGAUGCUAGCUUACGGCUCCUCGGCUGAUCAACUUGAUGAAGUAUUGAAAAUUGCUGCAAGCACUUGUUUGGAGAUUUUGGGAAAAUUUGCUGAAGGAGUGAUUGAAUGUUUUGGUGAAGAAUAUCUACGUCCUCCAACAAGUGAUGAAAUGGAGAAAAUCUUACAAGAAAACGAGGCUCGUGGUUUCCCUGGAAUGUUGGGUAGCAUCGAUUGUAUGCAUUGGGCAUGGAAGAAUUGCCCGAAAGGUUGGGCAGGUAUGUUCACUCGUGGUGACAAAGGCGUUCCUACUAUGAUCCUUGAAGCAGUGGCAUCCCAUGAUCUUCGUAUAUGGCAUGCUUUCUUUGGUACCGCCGGGUCUCAAAAUGAUAUUAACGUCCUAAACAAGUCUCCACUGUUCAUUCAAGCUAUAAAGGGGGAAGCUCCUACGGUACAAUAUAUUGUAAACGGAACACAGUAUGAUAUGGGUUACUAUCUUGCCGAUAAAAUAUAUCCCGAAUGGGCGGUAUUCGUGAAGACAGUAAUGGCCCCUCAGUCGGCUGAAGACAAAUUAUUUGCAUUGAUGCAAGAGGGGGCAAGGAAAGAUGUCGAGUGCACAUUUGGCGUAUUGCAGUCACGAUUUGAUAUUGUUCGACGACCUGCAAAAUUAUGGAAGCAGGCGGACGUUAUCAACAUAAUGCAGGCUUGUGUUAUCCUUCACAAUAUGAUAGUGGAAGAUGAGAAGGAAUCAGUUAGAGUUGCUUUGGAUUUGAAUGAGAAUCCGAGUGCGAUGAUAGUGCUCCCACCUGAAGUGCGUACAAGCGACAACCCUAAUCCAUGCUUCGCAGAGGUGCUUCGCAGGAAUUCCGCUAUCAAAGCUCGGCCAACACACAGGAAACUCAAGAAGGAUCUAAUCGAGCACAUAUGGCAUCGCUAUGGAAACAAAGAAGAUUAGACAAUAUGUUGCAAUUAUAUAUAAUAUAAUAAUUAUUAUUAUGAUGGUUUUAAAAAUAUUGUAAUUAUGUUCGUCUUAUUUAUGCUUGAACCGUCUUCCAUCAAACGGCAAUACAAUGGUAUACAAAUUGAAAUUCAUGAUU